AUGAAGGCAUACUCUAUUGCACUGGCUGCUCUUGCUCUUCUACUUUCACUACUUUUAUUUCCCUGGUUAAACAAAGCUCAAGCAGAGGGUCGUCCACUGGCACCACCAUCUUCCACUUCAGUGUCAAGCAAGGCUUCAACUUCACAAACUUUCAGAGAUUUGCAGGCAGAUAGGAACCCGUUUAAGAAAGUUGGCUCAAGCUUCAGAAGAAUACCUCCAAGCGCUUCGAACCCCAUACAGAACAAGUAA